GGUCGUCGGUGAAUUUUUAAGUAAGAAAAAAAAAAAGAAGAUACAUUACAACCUCGUCUUUCUAAGAUACAGUGUUUUAUGUCUGAAUUUGUUUAUUUUUUACAAUUUUCGUGAAAUCAUCCAUUAUAAAGAAUUUUUUUUUUUUUUAAUCUUCGAUGAUAUUUCAUUACCGAUGACAUGACCCUAGAUAGAAAGUUAUGGAGAAGGCGGAUUAGGGUAGAAAGUUAUUAUGAGUUCAGGUUGUGAUAUCUUUUGUUGUAUUACUUGGUGUAUUUAAGAAUAUACUGGAUAUGUUGUUGUUGAUGAUGGUGAUAUUUUAUUAUUUUAAUAAAGGCCAAUUUAAAAUUUCACUUUUAUAAGAUAUUAUAUCAAAAGAAUUUUAAGACUAGGUGAUUGUUAGUUUUAGCAUACAAUUUGAACUCAACUAGUAAAGUAGGUCUACUAUACUAUAUAUAUCCUAUUCAGAUCAAUCAACCCAACACUUUUGACACCAAAAUGUCAACCAUGCCAACUCUUUCUUCCCUUUCUUCUUCUUCAUCUCUUUUAACUCUUCGUAGAUCCUUAACUUCCACUUUCCCAAAUUACCCUUCCUCCCAUCCAUUAUUCCCCAAAUUCCCAAAACCCUUAACCCUAAAAACCCUAAUCCCCAAUUUCAAAUUCUCCUCCGCCGUCACCACCACCGCCGCCGCCGCCACCAAAACCCCCAAAUCCCUCAAAACUCGGCUCAAAAAUAACGAAACUCUCUACGGCAUCUUCCUCCUCAGCUUCUCCCCUACCAUCGCCGAAAUCGCCGGACUUUCCGGGUACGAUUUCGCCGUUGUUGAUAUGGAGCACGGCCCCGGAGGUAUCUCCGAUGCAUUAAAUUGUCUACGCGCAUUAGCGGUUAGUGGUACUCCAGCAAUUCUACGUGUUCCGGAAUCUUCCGAACCUUGGGCUAAGAAAGCACUCGAUCUCGGCCCGGAUGGGAUUAUGUUUCCAAUGAUAGACAGCCCGAAAUCAGCCCGAAAAGCGGUGUCAUACUGUCGCUUCCCGCCUAAUGGAAUACGAGGAUCAGCUCAUACAGUUGUUCGAGCUUCGGGGUAUGGAAUUGAUGAAGGGUAUUUGAGUAAUUACGCCGAUGAGCUAUUGAUAAUGUGUCAAGUGGAGAGCGUUGAAGGGGUGAAGAAGAUUGAAGAAAUCGCGGAAGUUGAAGGGCUUGAUUGUAUUCAAAUGGGACCAUUGGAUUUGAGUGCGAGUUUAGGGUAUUUAUGGGAUCCAGGGAAUAAGAAGGUCAGGGAGAUGAUGAAUGUAGCUGAAAAGGGAGUGUUGAAGAAGAAACCAAACAACGGCGGGGCGUAUUUAUCUGGAUUUGCAAUGCCACAUGAUAGUCCUGAGAAUUUGAAAUCGAGAGGGUAUCAUAUGGUUUCGGGAGCAGUUGAUGUUGCGAUGUUUAGGAAUGCGGCCGUGGAGGACGUGAAGAAGUUCAAAAAGUGUUUGGUUGAAGGAGCUGACGAUCAGAAAGAUGAUAAAGAUGGUGAUGAGAAGUACUGGAGUGAGUAAAAUUCGAACUUUGUUAGAUUUCGUGGUAGAUUUUCGAAGUGUUUUGUUAUGCUUUUUGUUGAUUAUGAGUCUUGUGAUUAGUGUCAAAGUUUCGAAUUUGAGUAAAAAUUCGAACUUUGUUAGAUUUCGUGGUAGAUUUUCUAAGUGUUUUGUUAUGCUUUUUGUUGAUUAUGAGUCUUGUGAUUAGUGUCAAAGUUUUGAAUUUGAGCUACUUAUGCAAUAGAGCCUUUUUUCUUCGUUUUGAGCAAAA